AUGAAUAAACGCAAUAUAAUAUCUCGUGAGAGACACGAGACGGAGAGACACGAGACGGAGAGAUACGAGACGGAGAGAUACGAGACGGAGAGAUACGAGACGGAGAGACGAGACGGAGAGACAGGAGACGGAGAGACGAGACGGAGAGACAGGAGACGGAGAGAUACGAGACGGAGAGACACGAGACGGAGAGAUACGAGACGGAGAGAUACGAGACGGAGAGAUACGAGACGGAGAGACAGGAGACGGAGGGACACGAGACGGAGAGACACGAGACGGAGAGCCGAGACGGAGAGACACGAGACGGAGAGACACGAGACGGAGAGACACGAGACGGAGAGACACGAGACGGAGAGACACGAGACGGAGAGACACGAGACGGAGAGACACGAGACGGAGAGACACGAGACGGAGAGACACGAGACGGAGAGACACGAGACGGAGAGACACGAGACGGAGAAACACGAGAAACAAGAGACAGAAACACGAGACCUGACCAAGAGACAGAAACACAACACCUGA